AUGCAUGACAGGAAGCCUUGUUGGCCGACGGAACACGCAAAUUUGCACAAGCCCGCACAAACCAGUACAGACCCGCACAUCUACACACGCAAAGAGGUGGUUGAGUCUAGUGACAUGCUUACGACCGCUGGUACCGGCCUAGGCAACGCUCUGGUACGUAGGCGUUGCCGGAGCAGAGGCCUAUCCUUGUGGUUGGAUCACGCUAAAAGCAAUCGCAGAUCUUUCGAUUUGCUACAGCAUUCAGCGUCGAAGCACCUCCUGGCCGGCUCAGGGCUGGAGGACAACCACCACCCGGUCGCGUUGAGCCGAUUGGAAGGUAGCUGGUCUGAGUCCAGUCGCAGAGUCGAAGUUUUUAUACGCUGA